CUCGGGCAUCUAUUGAUUGCUCUACCGCCAGUACGUUCCAGUUUUCAGUCAGUGAGUCAGUCAUCCCAUCUCAUUGAAAACUCACCUUCACCAGGUUUUCUUUCAACUGCAACAUGAUUCACCCUUCGACUACCUGUCUCCUAAUUGUAGCAACAAUUCUAUUAGCUCGUAUAGACGCGCAAAUAGGCGUCAGUGGCCAGCAAAGUAGCGAGGCGCCUCCAGCUCCGGCUUCAGUUGCAUCCACCAAAGUCAAAUCCCCACCAACCGUCGAAGUAUUGGCAGAAGCCACUGCUCAAACUGUUACUGUUGUGGCUGCUAAUUUGAAUGCAGAAGAAAGUGUGUCAACAUGGAAGCCUGAGAAGAAAUUGACCAACAAAAUAACAACAACAACUCCAGAUACCUCAUCCAGUGGUGCUGCUCUCUAUAGACUGAAAAACAAUGACGAAGGGGGUGGAACUUGUAUUCUUAUCAAAAUGGACGCCAUUCUCAACUACACAUACAACACAAAACUUGGCGAGAGAAUUGAGAGAGAUCAGUAUGUUCCUGACGAUUCUCAGACAACAAUCUAUGGAUUCUGUAAUGAAGACAAUAGUAAAAUUUCCCUGAGGUGGCAGCGAGAUUUCACUCUCAGUUUCGAAUUCCAAAAGACACCAGGUGGGGAAAGAUGGUUUGUUGAAAAUAUUGAACUCAAAGUUGACACAAAUAAUAGGAUAUUCGAACAUUUUAUCAAUAAAGGCAAAGCGUAUACAUUGUCGACCAAGUACCGCCACCGUAAUCUGCUAUUUCCGACUCCUGUGGGUCAGGCCUACACUUGCCACAAAGAGCUCAAGUUCCCGCUAGCCAGUGCUUCCACCGACAUCUCGGCUCGAAUCUACUUUCUCAGCUUGAAACUCGAGCCUUUCAUAUUCAAGAAUGACGAUUUCGGACCAGAGUACCAGUGUUCAGCGAUGGGCGCAGGACCGUUCCGCAGUGAGACGGCGCCACUUAUAGUUGGCAGUACACUCGCCUUCUGCUGCCUGGCAACAGUCACCGGUUAUGGCAUUUUCCGCUACUUCAAAAUCAAAAAAGUCCAGUACGACACCAUGGAGUAAACACCCCCACCCCAAACAUUCCAUAGUGUAAUUUACUUUGGAAAUGGAAAGACGGUAUAGUUGCCAGUUUCAUUUUUCCACCGCAAGCUCUACCCACUGUAAAUCUUUACUACUACUUUUUAUCAAAAGCUUUUUAUAGAUGGAAGCGCUCAUCGAAUUCCUAUCUAGCUGUUUACCCUGUUGUCAAUAUUUGCAGUAGCAGAAGUCUUCGGGGUGAAUUACAGCAUUUAAUUUGGAUUUUUGUUUAAUAAUAAUUAUUUAAAGCUGAUGGUUUCUUGGUCCAUUCCGAGCUGCUUUGUAUUAACACACUUUUUAAGUAUUUGAACACGACAUGCAGUCAAUUAUUAAGUAAAUAAUUAAAAACUUUUACUCACUGACUGAAGUACUUUCAAUCGUCUAGCGAUCAUUUUCAUCAGUGUGAAAUUACUUAAUAAUUGACUGCAUGUCGUGUUCAAAUACAUAAAAAAAGUGUGUUAUUAAAAGCUAUUUCUUUAGUGGGAAUAUGGAAGAACGCAUAGUUGCCAGUUUCAUUUUUCCACCGCAAGCUCUACCCACUGUAAAUCUUUACUACUGCAACAGCUCUCAAAAGCUACCGGUAUUUCUUUAGCUGUAGUUGAAAGAUUCAAGCAAUGUACCUAUAGGCCUAGUGAGGUCCACGUUAUAAUGGCAGUGUUUGACUUGCGGUGGUAUUGCUAUCCUUGUCUAUCACUCAACAAAGCGGAUAGCGCUAUCUCUUUUUCUCGCUUUGCCAGAUCGUCUUUUAACAAUGUAGAAUUAAUAAUUGAUUAACAAAAUAUUCAAUCCUAAUCCUAUUAUAUUAAGUGAGCAAUUUCUGUAUUUAUAUAUCUGGAUGGUUAUUUAUGCUUAACGGAUCUCGAAAACGGCUCUAACGAUUUUCACGAAAUUUGGAACAUAGUAGGUUUAUGAUAUAAAGAUUCGAUUGCACUAGGUCUCAUCCUUGAGAAAACUCGCUGAACGACAUUGAAAGGAUACGGUAAUUCAUCCUUGGCUGAAACAGCUGUGGAUAGUAAAAAAAUGAGUAUGUUGAAAAAUCAGAAUAUCGCAUCCCCGAAAUUUACAAGAUGACGUAUAGCCAGCUGUGAAAUAUAAACAUUUAGAGAAUUGAUCAAUUUAGAGAAUUGUGUUCUGUUUACCAAUAAAUAAAAAUAACGAGCGAAGCUCGGUGCCCCGAUAUUUAUGAAAAUAUUGAAAAAUAUUAUUUCUUGCUUAAUGAAAUACAAUUGAUUAUUUUAAACGAGAAUGAACCGUUAAUAUUACAUCAAUAAACCUAAAUCAGCUACCAUAGAAGGCAUUGACAAGACAGAGGAUUGGCAUGGUUUUCCUCCUAUCUUUCUCCACUGUCAUUAUAACGUGGACCUCACUAUAGAUAUAGAAUACAUUCCAGGUAUUCUAAGUACCUUGGAUUCAAGUCAUCACUGUAUAUCUGAUGAUAAACUAACUGUCGAUUCUUGUUAAAAACGAUCAAUAAAAUUAUUCUUUAAUUUUGUUUCCCAUCAGGAACUGUUUACUAUUAAAUCAUUUUUUUGCUAUUAAAAAAAAUUAUAAAUCCAAGUAUACUUUCAUAUUUUUAUUCAAUUCAAAAGUAGCACUAAAGAAAAAACACUCAUUAUUUUACUUUACAAUAUCUCAUUAUAGUACCAUUUAUCUUCUCAAGCCGAAACCAUACAUUUCAAAUACCUUAUAUUACUUUCCUUGCCCUAUCAUAGGUAAGGAAAGUAUUGCUUUCCAAAAAAUUUAAGGUACCCUAAUUUCAUGUUUUCUAUACGUUUCAAGAUCCCCCGAGUCAAAAAAAGUGGUUUUUGGGUAUUGGUCUGUAUGUGUGUGUGUGUGUGUGUGUGUGUGUGUGUGUGUGUGUAUGAGUGUAUGUGCGUCUGUGUACACGAUAUCUCAUCUCCCAAUUAACGGAAUGACUUGAAAUCUGGAACUUAAGGUUCUUCCCUUAUAAGGAUCCGUCACGAACAAUUUCGAACAAAUCCAAUUCAAGAUGGCGGCUAAAAUGGCGAAAAUGUUGUCAAAAACAGGGUUUUUGGCGAUUUUCUCGAAAACGGCUCCAACGAUUUUGAUCAAAUUUAUACCUAAAAUAGUCAUUGAUAAGCUCUAUCAACUGCCACAAGUCCCAUAUCUGUAAAAAUUUCAGGAGCUCCACCCCAUCUAUGCAAAGUUUGAUUUUAGAUUACCAAUUAUCAGGCUUUAGAUACAAUUUAAACAAAAAUUCCAAUUGGAAAAGAUUGAGCAUGAAAAUCUCUUCAAUUAAUAUUCAGUAACAUUUUCACCUAAAAUUGAAAAUAUGCUCGAAAUUCGUGAAAAUGUUAUUAUUUCAAUUGCAAACUGUUGGCAACUGCUGAUUCUAUUAAAUAAUUCACUAUGAAGAGAUAGCAAACUUUGUGUUUCUCCAGCCUUAUUGUCCUGUCACCAGCUGGCUUUGAUCUUUGAGUAGUAGACUUGAGAUGCGCGGGAACACUAGCGUUAGGUGAUCAAUUUUCAUAACGGCAAGGAAAGUUGUGUGAGUGCGCCACACCAAUUUUUUUUGUGUGUUAUUGUAUCAUAGGAAGAAUAGGUACACAUUAUUUUCUUAGAAUAGGAUUGAGUCAACUAUAUUCAAAGAGCCUAGCAUGUAACCAUUUUCAUGUAAUCUAAUGUCAAUUCUGCUUUGACUAGAAUAUAUUAUGAAAUAAGCUGAAAUGUUUGAAAACAGAAUAUUUUUGGUGUAGUAUAUUCAUGAUGAAUAUCUACAAUAAAAUAGUGUACCUUUUUAGAAUAUUUAUUCUACAAUUUGAUCAUGAUUACAUAAUAUAAUAAUCAAUCAUAAAAUAAUAACAGUAAACCCAUCGAUUAUUUAUUUGAAUAUGAUGUUGACUGUAACUAUGAUCAGUUGAAUGGCAAUAGAAUUAUAUUUAUUUAUUUAUCAUAAAUUACUAUUAUGUUGACCGAAAUUUAGUGAAUCUGUUAGUUUAUUCAUUCAAUGAAAAAUUUGAAAAAUAUGUAAUUAUCAAUUUCCAUGAGAAUAAAUUAAUUCUUUCCCCAACCGAAAUAUUUUUCGUCUGUAUAUCCUCUUUUAACACAAAAAAGACAUUUUUAUCAACAAUCUGAUACUAUAUAACUUAAGCAAAAAUUUAUUACCUACAUAUUUAAUACCUUACUCGAUUUUCCAUAAUAAUAUGAGCAAUGAACUUAUUUAUGAUCGUGAAUCACAAUGAUAGCCUAUGAUGAAAUAAUAUGAAGAAAAUGACAGAGAAUUAUUAAUAAAAUCAAGUCCACUGAAGAAUCAUCAUCACUACUAUAAUACUAUGAAUAAUAUUAUUAAUUAUUAUGAAUAUUUAUUCUUGACUAAUAAAAAUUUAAUAUAUUAUACUGCAAACAGCCUAUAUUGUAUUAACAACUAGACUAUAAUAAUGUAAAUACAUAUUUAUAAAAUUGAAAGUGCUAUAAUGUUUUUGACUUGUGUAACAUUGUUGAGUGGUUUAAUAUUCUAAUGUACAGAAUAGUAAUUAUUAUGUUUGAAAAGUUUAAAUUAUUGGUUUCAUUUUAAAUGUUAGUUUAUCGUUGGUUGAAUAUAUAGAAGUACUGUACUUAAACACAUGAAUAUAUUUGAAGUGUAUUGAUAUAAUAUAUAAUUAAACUUUGUGAUUUAUUAAAUUGUCUUCCACAAUAUUAGUCAUUUGUGCAAUAUUGUAAAGCAGAACUAUGUAAUAUAGCUACAUCAACAAAACUGAUAAUAAAUGUUGAUAUUGGAAAAACU